AUGUCUAAGGAUUCAUUCAAUGAACGAAAACAAAAAAUCCGUGAAAUCUACCGAUACGAUGAGAUGUCCAAUAAGGUGCUGAAGGCAGAUAAAAGGAUGGCCUCCGACAAAACAAAUCCAGCCAUAGAUGCUGCCAUAUCUCAGCCUAAAUCCAUGUUAGGAAGAAUAUCAGUGAAAGAUAUGGGAACUUCAUCUAAUACUGGUCCUACUGAGGAGGAAAAACAGAUUGCAAUAAAGAACAUGGAGGUCGACAAUGUAAAACUAAAAAGCUCCACUUCAAAGAGAAACAUCACUCAAAAUUCGACUGUGCUUGACGGAACUACAGAUAAGUUGGACUAUUACCCGAUGGAUGACUUCAACACCGUGAUAUAUGAGAAAAUAGUUCAACAUUUAUCGAUUCUACUUGGAGAUGACAUGCCGCAUGAUGUCAUCACUUCAGCUACUGAUAUACUACUCCAUAUACUAAAGGAUGAUGAGACCGAGAGUGACAGUAAUUGGGAUACAAAGAAAAUCAAAAUCGAACGAGAAUUAGGAGUUAAAAUUGAGAAUCAAGUAUUUAACGAAAUAGUCAACCUGUCGAAGCAAAUCAAUGACUAUCAUAACAAAAGUGAAAUCGAUACCAAAGAUAAUUUUGAGGAGAUCCCAUUGGUUGUAGAUGGUUCGGACAAUGAGGAAAAUGUGCAGCAGAAUGCUUUGACCGAUGAAAUCGAGCAGGAAGAUGUAAAUGAAGAAAGUACAGACUCCUCAAGGCCGAGAAAUGAACUUACUGAACUUGCUAACGAAAUCCCAGAGAAAGAUGACAUAUUUGUUCUCGCACACAAGAAUAAGGCAGAGAAUUAUCAAUUUGUUGAGACGCCAAUCUAUGAAGUUGAUGAGUUUUACUUGGAGAGAUUACUUUCAUCGAAGCUUACAGAAAUGGAUCCUUCUGAUGUUCAUGUUUUAGCAGAUAAAAUAUUUUCAAUUCUCUCAGAAGAUAUGCACCCAGCUUACUGGGAAAAUGAAAUUGCUAAACACGUAGAUCUGAAAUACUAUUCGCUUAUAAAAAAUCUUGUGCGCAAUCGAGAUUCAAUAUAUUGGGGUAUUAGGUUAUCUACAUCACCGCCUAUUGAAAGAAAUAAUAUCUUAGAAAGCAUAAGAAAUCUUGAUCUGGGGUUUUUGGCUGACCAAUAUCUUGCAAGAAAAGUUUCAUCUAAACGCAAGCAGGAAGACAUUGAAAAUGAUCAAUAUACAGAUUCAUCCGAAACGAAAAAACCAAGGGAAGAGGAAGAAUGCUAUAAACCCAAAAUUGUGGAUUUGAAAAACCUGAUUUUUGAUCAAGGCUCUGAAUUAAUGACCACCACGAAAAUCACUCUCCCGGGAAACUCUUACAAGAGGGUCAAGAAGAACUAUGAAGAAAUCCACAUUCCACCUCUUACUAAACCGGCCGAUGACUUUCGAUUGAUACCAAUAUCGGAGCUUCCUCAAUGGGCUCAUAACGCUUUUCCAAGUAAUGAGGCGAAUACUUUGAAUAGAGUGCAAUCUGAAGUAUUUCCUUCUGCAUUCAAAAGUGACGAAAACAUGUUGAUUUGUGCUCCAACUGGUGCUGGUAAAACGAAUAUUGCAAUGUUAGCUGUUUUGAGAAGCAUGUCACAUUGCAGAGUUGAUAGUACUGAGAGUUUUAACUUCAAAAAUUUGAAGAUAAUUUACAUUGCGCCAUUGAAGGCCUUAGUACAAGAACAGGUUCGCGAAUUUCGAAGACGAUUAACUUCCUUCGGCAUUAAGGUUGCCGAGCUGACGGGUGACUCCAAUUUAACAAAGAAACAGAUAGCAGAGACGCAUAUACUUGUCUCGACACCGGAAAAAUGGGACGUAAUUACAAGGAAAACUUACGACACAAACUUCACCAAUCUCGUGAGUCUAAUUGUAAUCGAUGAGGUUCAUCUUUUACAUGAUGAGAGAGGACCCGUACUUGAAAGCAUAGUUGCCAGAACUAUUAGACAAAAGAACUUGAAUACCAGCGUGCGGCUUGUGGCCCUUUCAGCAACAUUACCAAAUUAUGAGGAUGUUGGGAGGUUUUUAAGAGUUCAAAAAGACCAUGUCUUUUACUUUGACUCUUCUUUUAGACCAUGCCCAUUGGCCCAACAAUUUUGUGGUGUAACGGAACGCAAUGGAAUAAAAAAGAUAAAUGCAAUGAACGAGGUUUGCUAUGACAAGAUUCUCGAUGCUGCCAAUGAGGGACAUCAGGUCAUUAUAUUUGUUCAUUCGCGCAAAGAUACAGCGAGGACCGCCAAGUGGCUCAAGGAGAAACUAAUAGCAGACGACAAGGCUGCGUUGCUUGUAAAGUCGGAACCUGGCUCUCGAGAAAUUCUGAGGCGGGAGUCUGAAAAUAUUGACGAUCAUUGGUUGAAGGAUUUAAUCAAUAGUGGGCUUGGAAUUCAUCAUGCCGGUCUUUCUAGAGGAGAUAGGUCCUUGUCAGAGGAUUUGUUUGCUGACGGGCUAAUACAAGUUCUAGUUUCGACAUCAACUUUAGCUUGGGGUGUGAAUCUCCCAGCGCAUACAGUUAUAAUAAAGGGAACAGAAGUAUAUUCACCAGAGAAAGGUAGUUGGACCCAGCUGUCUGCCCAAGAUGUCUUACAGAUGCUAGGAAGAGCAGGAAGACCAAGAUAUGAUACCAAUGGUGAAGGUAUUAUAAUCACGCAUCAAGCGAAUGUGCAGUAUUAUUUGGCAAUUUUAAAUCAGCAGCUGCCCAUCGAGUCACAACUUUUUACUAGAUUAGCUGAUAACUUGAAUGCAGAAAUUGUCUUGGGCAACGUCAAAACGAGAGAUGAUGCUGUCGACUGGCUUGGUUACACGUAUUUGUACGUGAGAAUGCUGAAAGCACCAGUUUUAUACAAUGCACCAAUCGAAGCUGAUGAUACAGCCUUAAUUAGAUACCGUGAAGAUCUUGCUCAUUCUGCUCUGCAUGCUCUGAGCAGCAGCAAUUUAAUCAUAUAUGAUGAGGUUACUGGCAAAAUAAUGUUUACUGAGCUUGGAAGAAUAGCAUCCCAUUUUUACAUUCAUCACAACUCUAUUGCUGCUUACAGUAACAUGCUUACUGAACAUUUGACCCAAAUUGAAGUCUUACGCAUUUUUUCUUCAUCUGAUGAAUUUAAGUACAUUCCAGUCAGACAAGAGGAGAAGUUUGAGUUGCAACAGCUACUUGAAAAGGCACCUAUUCCUGUCAAAGAAGACUCAAAUGAUUCUCUAGCAAAAACUAAUGUCUUAUUACAGGCCUACAUUUCAAGAUUAAAAUUGGAGGGGUUUGCUUUGAACGCAGACAUGAUCUAUAUUACACAGAGUGCAGGAAGACUAUUACGUGCACUGUACGAAAUAUGCUUGAGGAAACGAUGGUCGCGGUUGAGUAAAAUACUUUUAACAUUAACAAAAUCUGUCGAAAGGAGGAUAUGGCAGACGAACUCGCCAUUUAGACAAUUUCAGGGCUGCCCUUCUGAAAUAAUCAGGCGUGCAGAAGCUUCUUCAUUACCAUGGAAGGAAUAUUUUACUUUAACCACCCCCAAUGAAGUUGGACAGGCACUCAGAUCAGAGAAGCACGGGAAGCAAGCGUUCGAUCUUCUUCGCAGAUUCCCUAAAAUUGAGCUUCGAUGUUCGAUGCAACCUAUCACACCUAGCUUACUGAAAUUUGAACUAGUCAUGCUUCCACAGUGGAUUUGGGACAGCAAAAUUCACGGAUAUCUUGAACCGUUCGUUCUAUUUGUGGAAGAUCCCAUGGGUGAAAAGUUGUUGUAUUCGGAUACUUUUUCUAUAAAAGAGGAUUCGAUAAACAUGGAAAAUUAUUUGGACUUUACAAUUUCUUUGUCAUCAUCUUAUCAAGAACAACUACCACCUAAUUUAUUCAUAACAGUUAUAUCAGAAAGAUGGCUAUACUGUGAGGAAAAGGUGCCAGUGCUACUGAAUAAUGUUAGGCUUCCUAAAAAGUUUCCCUCCGCUACUCCUUUGCUCGAUAUUGAACCCCUAUCUACGGAAGAAUUGCAGAUUGAGGAAUUCAUAAAUGCCAUGCAAGUAAGCAGCUUCAAUCAAUUUCAAAGCCAAAUAUUCCCUGCGCUUUACAAUAGUAAUGAGAAUGUUUUGGUCGGUGCAUCUAAAGGAUGUGGUAAGACGAUCAUGGCCGAAUUAGCUUUAUUAAACCAUUGGAGACAAAAUGGUAAUCGAGCUGUUUAUAUAUGUCCCUCACAAAUUCAGAUUGAUCAUCUAUCCCGUAACUGGAGCCAAAGAUUUUCCAAUUUAGCAGGUGGCAAGGUGAUUAACAAGCUUCAAGGAGACCUAUCACAAAGCCUUCGCAUCCUGGCACAAAGUCAUUUAAUUCUUUGUACACCCGAGCAAUUUGAUUCACUCUCCCGUCGCUGGAAACAAAGACGAAAUGUUCAGCGAAUUGAUCUCCUAAUAGCAGAUGAUGUCCAUCUAAUUGGCAAUGGACUUACUGGUGCAGUCUAUGAAAAUAUCAUAUCUAGGAUGGUCUUCAUUUCAGCUCAACUAGAAACCAAUCUUAGAUUAGUGGGUCUAGCCAGCUCUCUGGCUAGCAGCCGUGACUUCGGAGAAUGGAUGGGAGUUUCAAAAUCGAACAUUUUCAAUUUUUCCAGUCAGGAAAGGGCGCGUCCAGUUACAAUUCAAAUGAAAUCUUUGGAGACAGGUAGUGCGUAUUCAAAAUCUCUUUUGAACUUUAUAAUCGAAAGAGCAAAACUUAUAGAUGCAAAAGAAGUCAGCCCGAUCAUUUUUGUUCCAGACAAACGCCGAAGCAUCGAGAUUGCAUUAGAACUUACCCAAAUUGCCAGUAAUCAGGGAAUAGAAUUGUCGAAAAUCGAACAUAAUCUGUUGGAGAAUCACCUACUUCGCGUUAAAAACAAUGCUAUUGCAGAAGCUUUGAAACAUGGCAUUGGUAUACUGUACAAAGAAAUGCCUCCCUCUGAUAGAAAAGUUAUAGAAAAACUACACAGACGCAAAGAAUUAGCUUUUAUUGUUGUUUCAAAAGAGUGUACGGAUUGGAAGCUGGAAGCAAGUUUUGUAUCAGUACUGGGUACGAAAUGCUAUGAGGGAAAGGAGCACAGAUUAAUCGAUUAUACUAUAAAUGAUCUCCUUGAGAUGGUAGGUUCUGCAACUACAGGAAAUGACAAAAAUGAAGUAUUAGUCAUUAGCGAUAAUCGAAAAGCAGAUUAUUACAAAAAGUUCUUGAUUGAAUCUCUUCCAGUUGAAAGUUUCAUGUAUCUCUACCUGCAUGACGCAUUUUCGAAUGAAAUUAGUACUUCUAUCAUUGAAUCCAAGCAGGAUUGUAUCGAUUGGAUUACUUAUACCUACUUUUACAGGAGGAUUCAUGCAAAUCCCACAUUCUAUGGGGUAAAAGACAUCACACCUCUAGGAAUUUCAUCUUAUUUGACUGACCUUGUGGAAGCUGUAAUCAAAGAUUUAACCGACUCGUCUAUUAUCGAAGUAGAAGAAAUUGAUUUGGAUAACGACAAUGAAAAUGAGGAUGAACUUGAAGAAAGCAUCGCGCCUUUGAAUGGAUGUCUGAUUGCGUCUUUCUACAACGUGUCAUUUGUUACAAUGCAGAUGUUCCUAUCUUCCUUGAGCAAGUCUUCUGGUUUGCGGUCUAUUCUAGAGACAUUGUGCCGUGCUUCUGAAUUUGAGGUUGUUCCAAUCCGAGAAGGUGAGUUUCAGAUGUUGCAAGCACUACACAGAAAAUUACCGUUAAAAGUUUCUGAAAUAAGCAUUUCUGAAUGUUCUUCAUUCAAAACUUAUGUUCUUCUACAAGCUUAUUUUUCUCGGAUGAAAUUAACGUUGGAUUUUGAUGUGGAUUUGAAGGAAAUUCUAUGUAUUUCACUGCCGCUUGUCAAUGCAAUAGUUGACCUAUUGGCUGGGGAAGGCCAUUUGAAUGCAACAACAGCGAUGGAUAUUUCACAGAUGUUAGUUCAAGGCGUAUGGGACACAGAUAGUCCCUUGAAACAGGUUCCAUUUUUCGAUUCUGAAAUAAUCAAAAAGUGCAACGCUAUGAAAGUUGAAACAGUUUACGAUAUAAUGUCAUUAGAAGAUUCUGAGCGUGAACAGAUUUUGACCAUGGAAGGUGAAGAGCUAUCCUUAGUGGCAAACUUUGUUAACAGUUACCCCAAUAUAGAAUUGACAUAUUCUAUUGAUUUGUCAGAACCAUUUGUGGUUAAUGAAGUAAAAAUAAUCGAAGUUCACUUGAAUAGAGAUGAGGAACCAGAAACCCUAGAAGUUAUCUCUGCUAAGUUUCCUUCAGCGAAAAAGGAAAACUGGUGGCUGGUAGUCGGUGAAGCGUCUACGAAAGAAUUAUACUCCGUUAAGAGGGUGACACCAAGCCAGGAGAUGCAAAGCUAUGAAAUGGAAGUCAACAUUCCGACAUCGGGACACCACAAGUUAACUCUAUGGUGUGUGUGCGAUUCUUAUAUGGAUGCUGAUAAAGAGGUUACCUUUGAUGUCCAAGUUGACGAAAAAUGA